AUGCCAUAUUUUAAUUGUAAUGAUAUUCCAGUUUUAAAACGACACCGUAUUCGAGCAGUAACUAACGAUGAACAUAAUAUGCUUGAAAAUUCAACUGAUCAUUCAACAAUAAUUAAUAUAUUACCGAAAGCUCGUCGUAGUACUCUAAUAGGUCUACCAUCGACAUUGAUUAAUAUUCAAGAUUUGCAACAAACUCUCUGUGUCCAACCUACUGUAUUUUUUUAUAAUGAAGAAACUUUUCAAGAAGCAUGCUAUCGGUCUAUUGAAGAUAUUCGAGAAAUAAAAACGAAUGAAUGUUUAUGGAUUGAUGUUACAGGUGUACAUGAUCAUGAUCUCAUAGCUCGUCUUGGACAACGCUUCAACAUUCAUCCGUUAGUAGUUGCAGAUAUUGAAACCACUGAACAACGUACAAAAUUAGACGUUUUUGAAGAUACGCUAUUUCUUGUCGGUAAAAUGAUCUAUCCCGAUAUUGAACAACAAAUAACACAUAUUGAACAAAUAAGUUUUUAUUUAAAAGAAAAUAUUCUUAUAACAUUUCAAGAAAAAUCCAAAGAUAUUUUCGAACCAAUUAAAAAUCGUAUAAGACAAAAUAAAGGUCGUAUUCGACGAUCUAAAAUCGAUUAUUUAUUUUAUUCAUUAAUGGAUAGAAUCGUCGAUCAAUAUAUGGACGUUUUAGACAUUAUCGGCACAAAAGUUGAGUCCAUAGACCAUCAAUUAAUGCGAACAUUAUCACGUGACACUCUUGAGACUAUAUAUGAUCUAAAACGUGAAAUGUUGUAUUUUCGUCGUUCAAUAUCACCAUUGAAAGAAAUAAUUAAUAAAUUACAAAAAGAAGAAGAAACACAAAUAAUGCAUGAAAGUACAAAUAUUUAUUUGAAAGAUUUAUUUGAUCAUGUUGUACAAGUCAAUGAUACGAUUGAUACAUAUAGAGAAAUGUUAUCAUCAUUUAUUGAUUUUUACAUGAUGUUAAAUUCUAAUGCAAUGAAUGAAGUUGUUAAAACGCUAACUAUUAUUUCAACAAUAUUUAUUCCUUUAACAUUUAUCGUUGGAGUCUACGGAAUGAAUUUUGAUAAUAUGCCAGAAAUUCAUUGGAAAUAUGGUUAUUUUGUUGUUCUUGGAUGUAUGGUUCUAUUAACUGUCACUAUGUUAUCGUGUUUUAAACGGAAAAAAUGGUUUUAA